AGCAGUAGGUCAUGUCGGGACGAGGAAGGAGUUAUCCGUGCGCUGACAACAAGCAGUGCGACCAAUGUCGACGACGAAAGUCCCGUUGCGAUGGCCAGAUGAAUUGUUCCGCCUGUAGGACGAUUGGGUGUGGCUGCCCGCGAUCCUGGUUCCUUGAAGACACAGCUACUGACGUCGAGCAGGCUACAAUGUUCAUUUGGUCAUCAAGUGAAGCAAUCGAGAGGUCAGUGCUUACUCCUUCGCGGAGAGUAUGGUCGCCAUUGCUGAUCUUUAUCCAGGCCCUGCCUACGUUGCGCAUCUUGAAAAGAAGGUCAAAGCUCUGCAAGAGGAGCUGCGCCGCUCGCCGAACCGCACGGAUCACAUGGAUACAUCACUAGAAGAGCCAAUUGUGCAGAUAUCUCCGGGUUCCAGCAUCAGCCACCCAUCUCCGAUGAAUACCAGUGCGCGGCCUUCGCUUUCGUCGAAGUCUUCUGAUCCAAGUUACUUUUACGCCGACAAUGCUAGGUCCGGUUCCGUUAAACCCACGGAUGGCUGGGUGCCACCGAAUGAGACGCCGGUUUACCUCGAGACACUCACUACUGAGCCACGAGGCAAAGCUUUCGGGACCGAUGUGCUUCGCCAGCUCUUCAACUAUUGCAACCAGAUCGCUACAUCACCAUAUGGGUCACAGGACUCGUCAAUGAAGUUGGUCCAGGCGCUAGACAACCCCCAAGCUAUCGAUGAUGGUCUAGUAACAAGCAGUCCGCUGAUGCCCGAGAAGGAGACCACCCUGAAACUGGUUGAAGUAGCCUUUAGUGAGGUAUUUCACCUAUGGCCGUUCGUCGAUAGAGCUCAAGUGGACCGCACCCUAUUCCGAUUAUACAACACCACCUUGUUUGGACAAGAAGCCAGUGACAAGGACGAACUUGCGUUGGUCCAUGCUGUUCUAGCAUUAGGGCAUCGAUUCGAUUCGACUACCCCAGCUGCAGCUGAAUUCAGGAGGGUACAAGGGCUGCAGUAUUUCGAGGCAGCAAAAGACCUCGUUCCACUAAGUGCCUGCGAUCGUGACCUCGCAUCUGUUCAGACGGUCCUCUGCCUCGCACUGUACCUGAAGGCCGCUCCAGCCCCAGCGAAAGUCCACUCCUAUGUAGCAGCAGCAUCUAGCGCAGCCCUUCGGCUUGGUCUUCAUGAAGACGUCGCUGGAUUUCCAAAGGACGAGAGCGCAUUACGACGCCGUGUCUGGUCUGCCUUACAGGCUUUUGACAUUUAUACAUCAACAGCGCUGGGCGUACCGAGUGUGACCAACGUUGAAACUUGCGAGCAGAAUUCAUACCCGCCUCUUUCCACUGGGUCCAAUUCUGAGCUGGUUGCAAGCGAUGCUCAUAUGCAAAUGCUGCGGAUACUAGCGCAUGCUCUGGACAAGACCUAUCGCAGUAAAUCGGCGAGAAAGCCUGUUGGCAUCGGCACAUUCGCCGUUGACCAGAAUGCCAUCAAGGAAGCCAGUGAAGAGCUCGAGACCUGGGCCCAAGGCUGUUCUGUGCUACUGCAAGCAGCAGCUGACAUGACGAGAACACAACUUUGCCUUGCAUAUGCAUACGAUUAUGCACAACUACUGUUGUAUGCUCCAUUCGUGCAUUAUCUCACGAUGCCAGGAAUAGAUCCUUGCUCGCAACCCUACUUGAUUGGAAUGAAGGCAGUCAAUGCGGCAUUACACGCUGUCCAGGUUGCCGAGCUCUUGCAUCACAAAUUGCAAUUCCACGAGGCCUAUUUCCUGACUAUCGACGUCCUGGUAUACGCUGCUGUAGUACUGCUUGUCGUCGAAAGCGGCAGCACUGAGGUACCCCUCGUCCUUGAAGCAAUGCGGGCUGGACGUGCAGCAAUGGAACUCUUGUUGAUGCUUUCACUACAGACUGAUACAGCAUCGCAGUGCUGGAAGGCUCUCGCUGUGCGGUCUUCUCGAAUUGCUGGGAAUUCCGGAAAGUCGAUCGGUGGAAGUAGGACAUCAACGAUACCGCCUUUCCGAGAAACAGGUCUUCGGCGUGCAAAGGCGCCAGGAUCCAUCGCCCUACCCAUGAGCAGACCCCCCACGCUGCAUAAGGCUGAUAGCGGCAUCGAUUGUACGGCCGAUAGUCGCAGGCAAAGUCUGGUGGGCUCGUUUUCUGGUGUCUUUGACCCGGGUCAGGGCUCCUUUGACUCCCAAUUCAGCGCAGAAGACAAUGGUCUGCAGCUGCACCCUUGAAGAGCUGCGAUGCAAAGUGCUGGAGACGUAGCGUUCUUUCUUACGCGUGAAGAUAUGGGUGGCUCUGGAUUCGAUGCUUCGAGAAGGGUAUCCCGGGGAUGGCGUUGCUGGCAGCGUGGGCGGGUGCAUGCUUUUGUUCUCUGGAGAAAUUACGAAUAUUUGAAACGACAUCG